AUGGGUACUGGCAAGAAGGAGGCCGCACGUAAAGUGCGGCAGGGAAAGACUGACGAUGGCAUGAGCAAUGUCAGAACCAAAGGUGAAAACUUCUAUCGCUCUGCGAAGAAGGUGAAGCACCUGAACAUGUUCAAGGACGGCAAACCUCAACGCAACGCCGUUGGAGACAUCACCAGGGCUGCCUCCUACCAGUCCCGCGAUGCCCCGGUUGCUCGCAUUGAGCCCAACCGUAAAUGGUUCGGCAACACACGAGUCAUCUCCCAGGAGGCCCUGACGUCGUUCCGUGAGGCUGUCGCCGAGCAAACAUCCGAUCCUUACCAGGUGCUGCUUAAGACCAACAAACUACCCAUGAGUCUGAUCCGGGACAAUGAUCAUAGCGUGAAUGGGCUCAAGCAACAUCAGGCCAAGAUGGAGAUUGAAAACAACCCAUUCGGUGAUACUUUCGGUCCCAAGGCUCAACGCAAGCGUGUCAAGAUGGGUGUGACAUCCCUGGAGGACCUCGCUGGUGAGACCGCCAAGCUGCAUGACUCGUACUUGGAGAAGAACGACCAAGAAACCCAUGAAGAUGGAAGUGCCGCAGUCUCUGGUGAUACCAAUGCUACCGAUGAAGGUCCUAUUCUCACCACCGCCCGCGAGUCUGUCUUCUCCAAGGGUCAGAGCAAGCGUAUCUGGAACGAGCUUUACAAGGUCAUCGACUCUUCAGAUGUGGUCAUCCACGUUUUGGAUGCUCGUGACCCAAACGGUACUCGCUGCCGCAGUAUUGAAAAGUAUAUUCGCGACGAAGCUCCCCACAAGCACCUGAUCUUCGUUCUGAACAAGACCGAUCUUGUUCCUACCGGUGUUGCUGCUGCUUGGGUCCGUCAUCUGUCUAAGGACUAUCCUACCCUCGCGUUCCACGCCAACAUCAACAACUCCUUCGGCAAGGGCUCUUUGAUUCAACUUCUUCGCCAAUUUUCAUCUCUGCACUCCGAUCGCAAGCAAAUCUCCGUUGGACUGAUUGGUUACCCCAACACGGGCAAGUCCUCCAUCAUCAACACUCUUCGCAAGAAGAAGGUCUGCACUGUUGCUCCCAUCCCCGGUGAGACCAAGGUGUGGCAGUAUGUCACUCUGAUGAAGAGAAUCUAUCUCAUCGACUGUCCCGGUGUGGUUCCUCCCAACCAGAAUGAUACCGAGGAGGACAUCUUGCUGCGUGGUGUCUGCCGUGUUGAGAAUGUCGACAACCCGGAGCAAUACAUUCCCGCUGUUCUCCGCCGGGUCCAGCCCCGUCACCUGGAACGUACCUACGGUAUCAAGGAACCUACCGAUGCCAUUGAUUUCCUCAGCCGCCUUGCUCGCAAGGGUGGUCGUCUCCUGAGAGGAGGUGAGCCGGACUUGGACGGUGUGGCCAAGAUGGUUAUCAAUGACUUCCUUCGUGGAAAGACACCCUGGUUCACUCCGCCUCCCAAGGGAGACGGUAAGGAGGAUGAGAAGAUCGAGGGCCGCGAGGGCCGUCUUGGCGAGAUGGGUCGCAAGCGCAAGAUCGAUCAGACCGAGCCUACCGACGAGGAGGAGGAGGAGGAGGAGGAGGAGGAAGAUGACGAUUCCGACUCCAAGCCUGGCCAGGACUUGAAUGGAAUCGACGAUGGAGAUGAUAGCGAUGAUUCCAUUGCCAACCUGGAAGUCAGUGAUGUGGAGAGUGGUGAAGAGGACUGA